AUGGGCGCCAGUCCCCUCGUCGGAAGCCUCCAGCAGACCAUGUCCCCCAGUUGCCUGCUCAUCGAGGAUCUGAUCACGUCCUCCCCGGGCGUCGUCAUGUUGCAUGUAGGCGCCUGGGUCCUCGUUCUAUACACGAUCCAUCGCUUCACACUGGACAGGCGGGACGGUGCGGGUAGAAGCAAGAUACCCACCGUGCGCGGCUGGCCCGUGAUCAUCCCGGACAUAGUGAACAAGCUGAGCUUCAACUGGCAGGCACCGAGGCUGAUACGUGAAGGCUACACCAAGUACAAGGAUCAACCGUUUAGGAUCCUGAAGCUGGGAAAACCCCUUGUCGUCAUCCCCUUCAAAUACGCAGAUGAGCUGCGAUCCGUCAGUAACCAGAAGCUGUCCCAACGCGAGGCAUUCGAGGCAUUCGGGGCGAGCUUCAGGGGCAGAACCGGGAGUUAUACCGGCGUCUACAGCGGAAGCGACAUGUACAACGACGUGAUCCAUCGGCGACUUACGCCAAACAUCCCACGUAUGAUCCCCGAGGUGAUUGAUGAGCUUCACCACGCUUUCAACCAGGACCUUCCGCCUUGCGAUGGAACGUGGGCCAGGGUCCAGCCUCACAAGAUGUUUCUCGGGCUCGUGUCCCGCACCGGGUCCCGGGUCUUUGUGAGCCGACCAAUCUGCCGGGAUCCAGAGUUCCUCGAGACGACGGUCUCGCUGACAACAAACGCAUUCACCAUCGCCGCCAUCAUGGACUAUGUACCGUCCGUCCUCCAGCCCUUGGUAAGCUCUCGGCUGCGGGUGGUAAAGCAGCUCAGAGCCCAGCUAGACUACAUCAACGACAUUCUCGGGAGUGAGGUUGAGAGGCGACGGAGGACAGCGGCGGCGGCGGCGGCGGCGGCGACGACGACGAUGACGACGACGACGGAGAAAGGACCCGAUCAUAACGACUUCCUCGAGUGGGCUUCCGAGAGGGCCGUCCUACCGGAAGACCAGGAUUCAGAAUCCCUCGCCCGGCUCACCACGGCCAUCCUGAGCAUGGCCGUCGUGCACACCAGCGCGAUGGCCGCCACCCACCUCAUCUACGAUCUCGUCGAGCGACCCGACGUCUUGGAGCGGCUCAUCGAGGAGCAGGAGACGCUGCUCCCGGGCGGCUGGUCAGAAAUUACCCAGGAGAUCAUGCAGGAUAUGAGACUCUUGGAUAGCGUCCUGAAGGAGUCGCAGAGGUUCAAUCCAGUCAGCGAGGUAGCGUUCAAUCGUCUCGUCAAGGAGCGCAUCGUGCUAUCAGAUGGCUUUGUGCUAGAGCCGGGCCAGCAGAUCGGCAUUGCCGGUAAGCUGAUCAACCAGGAGCCCGAGGCUAUGAAGACGUAUGACGCGUUCCGCUGGGUCUCCGACCCGAGCCCUACCGCUGCUUGGACGUACAGCGGCACGCACAACCUGAGUUUCGGAUUCGGACGUUACGCCUGCCCGGGUCGCUUCUUCGCCAUAUACCAGCUCAAGGCUAUCCUGAGCAGGUUCCUGCUGGAAUACGACUUCCAGCUGGAGGAUGGGUCCACGGUGCGGCCGAGGAAUGUCGCCUUCGGUGACAAGAUUGCGGCAGAUUACAGCAAACACUUGCUCAUCAAGAAGCGGGUGGCGAGGAGCUAG